AUGGAGAAUGAAAGAGAAGAUGAGAUUGAGGACAUGUCAACGUCACCCCCAUCUCUUGGAUCCAUGCAAUUUGCAGGGAGCAAUGGCUUUGGUCACAGCAUGGAGUUCAUGUCUCAGGCAUACCUUCCCAAUAUCUACACUGAGAUUGACAUAAAAAUUGAGGAUUCCAAUUUCAACCAAGAUCCUCCCCUCCCCAUUUAUCUCAAGUUUGAAGAUGUAGAGUAUAAGGUGAGAGGUAGCCACGCGGCUUCCACUAAUCCUGUGAAGUCAGUGAUGUCAAAAGUUGCCAUACAACACAACCUGGGAGAAGACAAAUACAAGAAAAUUUUGAAGGGUAUGACAGGAAGCAUUGGCCCUGGUGAAAUUCUUGCUCUGAUGGGUCCUUCUGGGAGUGGAAAGACAACCUUGUUGAGAGUUGUAGGGGGAAGAUUAGUUGACAACGUAAAGGGAAAGAUUACUUACAAUGACGUUCGGUUUAAUGCAGCUGUCAAGAGGAGGUUAGAUUAUUUUCUGUGCUAUAGGAUUGGCUUUGUUACACAAGAGGAUGUGCUUUUCCCACAACUUACGGUAGAGGAAACAUUAAUCUUCUCUGCAUUCUUAAGGUUACCAGGGAAUAUGAGCGAGCAACAAAAGUAUGCAAGAGUGGAGACCACUAUCAAGGAGCUAGGCCUUGAAAGAUGUCGCCACACAAAAAUAGGUGGAGGAUAUCUCAAAAGCAUCUCUGGAGGAGAAAGGAAGCGAACCAGCAUAGGCUAUGAAAUCCUUGUUGAUCCUUCACUGCUUCUACUUGAUGAACCAACUUCAGGCCUUGAUUCCACAGCAGCUAACAGACUCCUUCUCACUCUUCAGGGACUUGCCAAGGGUGGAAGGACCAUAAUCACAACAAUUCACCAGCCAUCGAGCAGAAUCUUUCACAUGUUUGACAAACUUCUUCUUAUAUCAGAAGGGUACCCCGUUUACUAUGGGAAGGCCAAGGACUCAAUGCCGUACUUUUCAUCGUUGAGUUUCACCCCGGAAAUACCAAUGAAUCCUGCAGAAUUCAUGCUUGACUUGGCAACUGGACAAGUGAAUAACAUAAGCUUUCCACAAGAUAUUUUCAAAGAUCAAGAAUCUACCGACCGUUCAAAAUCUGUCAUUAAAUAUCUACAACUGAAGUAUAAGGAAACACUGGAACCAAAAGAAAAAGAUGAGAAUCAUGGAGCAACAAACACACCAGAACAUCUUCAACUAGCCAUUCAGGUUAAAAAGGACUGGACAGUGAGCUGGUUGGACCAAUUCUUUAUUCUUUACAAGAGAACAUUCAGAGCAAGAUGCAAGGACUAUUUUGAUAAAUUAAGGUUAGUUCAAGCACUUGGCAUUGCUCUUUUGUUGGGGCUACUUUGGUGGAAAUCUUCAACCAAUACAGAGGCUCAAGUUAGAGAUCAGGUUGGACUAAUGUUCUAUAUCUGUAUAUUCUGGACAUCUUCAUGCAUUUUUGGAGCAGUCUAUGUAUUUCCAUUUGAAAAGGUCUAUUUGGUGAAAGAAAGGAAAGCAGAUAUGUAUAGACUGAGUGUGUACUAUGUAAGCAGCACUCUAUGUGAUAUGGUGGCGCAUGUUUUCUACCCUACUUUCUUCAUGCUUAUCUUGUACUUCAUGGCUGGAUUUAAGAGGACUGUCGCUUGCUUCUUCCUGACUUUGUUCGCAGUGCUGCUAAUAGCUAUAACAAGUCAAGGAGCAGGAGAACUAUUUGGAGCUGCAGUUAUGAGCAUUCAAAGAGCAGGGAUAGUUGCUUCUUUGAUACUAAUGUUGUUCCUUCUCACUGGUGGCUACUAUGUCCAGCACGUACCAAAGGUGAUGCAGUGGUUGAAGUAUUUGUCUUUCGUGUACUAUGGCUUCAGACUUCUUCUGAAAGUGCAGUAUUCAGGAGAACAACUAUAUGAGUGUGAAAGCGAGAGAGGGUGCAGAACAUUGCAGAGUUCACCAUCAUUUGACACAGUAAACUUGAAAGGAGGCUUAACUGAAGCAUGGAUUCUGGUAGCCAUGGCUCUGUGCUUCCGUGUCUUGGCCUAUUUCUGUCUCCGCAGACGAAUUGAAGUUCGAAAUUAGAUAUAUCUCACACAUUA